AAACCGGAGCCGAAAAUCGUGAAGAGUGCGUCGAGCAAAACAUCAUCAGGGCAUCCGUCUCCAUUGGCGACACCGCUAUUUCCUCGAGAACUCCUAGAAAUACCAUUGGCACCAACCCAACCACUAGAGGAGGAAGUAGUGCCUCCGAACAGCCUUCAACAAGCAGAACUCAAGAAAUCAAAGGAUGACCAGAAGAAAGACAAAGAAGAAAGCCGAAAACUCUUGCCCUAUCCAGAAGUAAAACCACCGACCGUCAGCCAGAAGAGACGAAGGCAACGUGAACUUGAAAAAGAUAAACAAGAUAAGAUCGCCUCUGGUUUCUAUCAGUCUCGCUCUGAUGAGGAUGAUACCCUGGAGAAGGUGAACAGUCUGAAAGAAGAGAACACCGAAGUCAGUCGAAGGCGAUCCAUACAUGUGAAGGCUAGGGAUAAGGAAAGUGACAAGAAAGAAGUAGCCAAGGACGAGAAAGUUAAAUAG